AGUAGUAGUAGUAGUAGUAGUAGUAGUAGUAGUAGUAGUAGUAGUAGUAGUAGUAGUAGUAGUAGUAGUAGUAGUAGUAGUAGUAGUAGUAGUAGUAGUAGUAGUAGUAGUAGUAGUAGUAGUAGUAGUAGUAGUAGUAGUAGUAGUAGUAGUAGUAGUAGUAGUAGUAGUAGUAGUAGUAGUAGUAGUAGUAGUAGUAGUAGUAGUAGUAGUAGUAGUAGUAGUAGUAGUAGUAGUAGUAGUAGUAGUAGUAGUAGUAGUAGUAGUAGUAGUAGUAGUAGUAGUAGUAGUAGUAGUAGUAGUAGUAGUAGUAGUAGUAGUAGUAGUAGUAGUAGUAGUAGUAGUAGUAGUAGUAGUAGUAGUAGUAGUAGUAGUAGUAGUAGUAGUAGUAGUAGUAGUAGUAGUAGUAGUAGUAGUAGUAGUAGUAGUAGUAGUAGUAGUAGUAGUAGUAGUAGUAGUAGUAGUAGUAGUAGUAGUAGUAGUAGUAGUAGUAGUAGUAGUAGUAGUAGUAGUAGUAGUAGUAGUAGUAGUAGUAGUAGUAGUAGUAGUAGUAGUAGUAGUAGUAGUAGUAGUAGUAGUAGUAGUAGUAGUAGUAGUAGUAGUAGUAGUAGUAGUAGUAGUAGUAGUAGUAGUAGUAGUAGUAGUAGUAGUAGUAGUAGUAGUAGUAGUAGUAGUAGUAGUAGUAGUAGUAGUAGUAGUAGUAGUAGUAGUAGUAGUAGUAGUAGUAGUAGUAGUAGUAGUAGUAGUAGUAGUAGUAGUAGUAGUAGUAGUAGUAGUAGUAGUAGUAGUAGUAGUAGUAGUAGUAGUAGUAGUAGUAGUAGUAGUAGUAGUAGUAGUAGUAGUAGUAGUAGUAGUAGUAGUAGUAGUAGUAGUAGUAGUAGUAGUAGUAGUAGUAGUAGUAGUAGUAGUAGUAGUAGUAGUAGUAGUAGUAGUAGUAGUAGUAGUAGUAGUAGUAGUAGUAGUAGUAGUAGUAGUAGUAGUAGUAGUAGUAGUAGUAGUAGUAGUAGUAGUAGUAGUAGUAGUAGUAGUAGUAGUAGUAGUAGUAGUAGUAGUAGUAGUAGUAGUAGUAGUAGUAGU